UCUGAAACGUUUUUAAAUAAAUGUUAAUCAAUUCUUUUUUCAUGAACUCUUCUAGAAAUAUCAGACCUAAAGCUUCAGUCUUUUUUUAAUAUAAUAUAUAUUUUACAUAAACUUUAGAGUAUAUUUUUAUCGAGCACAUGAAUAUCUUCAAACAGUGGAAUGGAAUCGUUCUAGAAGGUAGAUGUGUAUUUGAUACCCACUUUCAAGUCCAAGUCAUUACUUUGUGGGACAACAGAAAAGACGGAAUUCCACUCUUAUGACCCAUAGUGGAACUGCGAGAUCAGUAUGCUUUUGAGGGAUCAGCUCCUUCUGGCUUAGAACAUAAAGUCCCUUAAAUGUGACACUGAUAUUGCGGACCUUCUAUAAGUACUCAAGGAUUUGUUUAGAACUCUUACUAUGAGAAUUAUCUUGAGUAUAUGCCACAUAGAGUUAAUGAAUUCAAAUUCUCUCUUAUAAGUUCAUUAGCCUUUUAUACAAGAUGAUCUAUGGCAAGAAGCAAAGAUACUUGACUGUAACAUUCUAUUUGAUAAAGGAAUUCAUUAACCUCAUAUAAAAUCCAUUCUUCCGGAGAGUAAAAUACAUUGGGUGAACUUUUCUGAGAAAUACUCUGACAAUGAAUAUUUCUCGUGAACUCGCUCUACGUGUUUUUGUUGAAGAAUAGACGAAAUGUUUGAAAGAUAUCGAAUCAUCUUUGAGGUUUGGUUAUCCUGAGAAACUCCAGUACAAGAUCUAUUUACGAGCAGCGCAGUGUCACAUAAAAUUGAAUAAAACAUCCUUGGCAAACGAAGCUUUAUUAAGAGUUCAAGAUUUAAUGAGAAAGUAUGAAAUCUUAAAUACAAAAAAAGAAAAUAUCGAGGAAGAAGUUACUCGCUUAUUAUUAAUUGUCUCAAAAAUGCACGACGAUAAGCCAGAUGAUAGCAACACAAAUAAAUUAUUAAACAAGCCUAAAACGGCCUAUGGAGAUAAUACAAAUUUUGCAUUUGCUUCAGCAGCAAUAAGUCGUACGAGUGCUCCUGAAAAAGGGAGAUAUGUUGUAGCUAAUAGAGACAUAAAAAAGGGUCAAAUUCUAUUUGUAGAAAAACCUUACGCUUUCGUUCUAUUAGAUGAUAUAGAACCGGCUACGUUUUGCGGGUAUUGCUGUAACUCCCAUGAAGAUGUAACAGUUCCAAAGUGCAUUAUUUAUUUGCAUACGCACUGCGCACCACAUAAAACAAAAUGUCCAUCAAAUAAAGUAAGUUUUUUUUUUAUUAUUAGGUGUAAAACCUGCACAAACACCAUAUACUGUAGUAUAGAAUGUUCAACUGCAGCAUGGGAUCAAUAUCAUCAAUGGGAAUGCAUUGCCAGUCAAAUGAACUUGCGGCAACAAAUUGGCAUAGCACACUUAGGCUUAAAAGUUCUUCUUACAAAUAUAUCCACUGAUGAAAUAGACAGAUUUAAUGAAAUGCAAAACUUAGUAACGAACAUCGAAAAACUAGCGUGGGAGGAUCUUCUUGUAUAUAGUAUUACCGCAAUGAUGUUUACUUUGUAUCUUUCGACUUACACAACGUUUUUCGAAUUGGAUUUAAAAAAGUGUAUAGCCGACAAAUUUGCGGAUUCCAAUCAUCUCAAUAAUUUUGAUAUAAACACAGAUAAUGGUAAACAACUAUACAUAAGUUCACUGCUGCUGAAACAUAUUCUACAGUUGGUUUGUAAUGGUCAUGCUAUUACAAAAUUACAAUUAUCGAGAUCGAAUAAUGAUGUUCUCGUCACUGAGCAGCAAAAGAGGAAAGCCACUGCUAUUUAUCCUUCUGCUAGCAUGAUGAAUCAUUCCUGUGAUCCGAAUAUAAUAAACAGUUUUUGGGGAUCAUAUCUCAUCGUAAAAUCAACCAAAGAUAUUACAGAAGGAAGUGAAAUAGUUAAUUGCUAUGGUCCUCACUUCAGAAGAAUGCCUAGGAAAGAACGGCAAGAAAUUUUACAAAGUCAAUAUCGUUUUACUUGCAAAUGUGAACCAUGCACUAAUCCGAAUCUUCAAUAUUUUGUGGAAAGAUUCCAAUCAUUAAAAUGCUCUAAAUGCAGUGGCCCUUUAUGCAAGACUAAUGGGUCAUCAAUGCACUGCUUGGGUUGCGGCGUAUUAUCCAAUAUUCUUUACCGUGACAAAUUAGAGAAAGCUCAAAAACUGUUUGAUUCUGCUGAAAUUUGUAUAGAAUUGGACGACAAUAUUGCUGAAGCCUUAAAUAAAUUGAAGGAGUGUUUGACAAUACGCAAGAACAUACUCUAUAAAUAUCAUGAUGAUAUCACAUUGACUUUUGAUGUAAUAGGAAAGGUGUACGCUAUGGCAAAACAAUGGCUUAAUUCAACAUUUUUCUUGGAACAUAGUUUAACUAACAUUGAAGAACAAUUUGGACCAGAUAGUGUAGAACUUGCUAAUGAAUUAAACAAAAUCACUGAUAUUUAUAUUCAGUACUUGCAAGAAGAGACUAACACGCGUACAGAGCAGUAUAAAAAGAUACUCAAGAAAACUCAAAUGCAGUUGAAUCAUGCAGAACGUAUUAUGGAUUUGAAUUAUGGUCCAUGGAAUGAUAGCUGUCAGGAAAUAAAAAUGAAAAAACAACAAGUGUCUGCUAUAUUAAAGAAUGUGUGUACUAUUUAAUAUGGACGAAUAUAUUGAUUUGAGAACAUUGUGUCAAUAAAAAACAUUGUAUAAUUGC